AUGAUUGUAACAACAGUGCCUACAAAUGUAUUUGAACAAUUUUUAUCGUCAUAUAAAGAAAAUAGACAUUUUAAUGAUAAUAACAAUGAAAUGCAUUCGAUUCUUGUUUAUAUUGGUCUAAUUACAGUUAUUCUAUUUUUUCUUUUGGUUAUAUUUUCCUUGAUUUGUAGAUGCAUGAAAAUGCUUGAUGAUAAAACAGUAACAAUAGAAAAAAAGAAAAAACAACUACGACAGCGGCAAUAUCGAACUAUGUCUUUGACAGAUAGACAAAAAUUCUUAUCACAGGUUUCGUCUUCUUCGUUAUCGGCCAAUUAUCAUACGAACAAAUCAUUCGAAAGACCUUCACUUUUAUCUACUGAUCGAAAGCUUCAAUAUCAAAAACAAAAUCUAUUAGCACUUUUAAACGUGUAA